CUACCGAGGUCAGCAGCUCUUCCUCUUCCCCUCGUCACCCGGCCCUCCCGACGCCCUUUCUCCCAGCCUCGCCCACCUCCCACGCCGCGGGUCCCACGCACGCGGAGAAGGCGCGGGGAGCAGGCCCAGGCCUGGGCCCCAGUCGCUGCCGCCGCGGCCGUCUGGUGGGCGGGCGGACCGAGGUCCCCGGGCCCUCGCAGCCAGCACUACGUCAGACCGGCCCCUCGCCCUGGCCGCGGUUCCACCAAUCCCGGGCCUUGCCCGCCGCCACAGCCUCCGCACCUGCGAGGAGGAGCCCGCGCGCCUCCGCCGCAGCGGUCGCGGCGUCACCGCCCCGUUCCGCCCCCAUCGCGGCGCCCAGAGAUCGCGGGCCCCCGGCGACUGGCUGCCAGCAGGCGAGGAACGGAAGCCGCUCUCCUGAAGCUCGCCUGGGUGCUCCACAGCCCAGCCGGCUACCGAACCGCAGCUUCCGGCAGCCCCGGUACCGGCGAGACGCGGGGCGCGGGCGCCCCGAGGACCCCGCGACCGGGCGGGCGCCCCGAACGGGCAGUCCCGCUGAGGGAGGUGGCCGUGGCGCUCGCGCUUCGGCGCCCCGUGCGCCGCGCUCCAUGCCCGUGUGGUGCUGCCGCUGCUCUCUGGCGGGUCAUUUCAGAAACUAUAGUGACACUGAAACUGAAGGAGAGAUUUUUAAUUCCUUAGUGCAAUAUUUUGGUGAUAAUUUGGGGCAAAAAGUUAAAGCUAUGCCAUUAGUUGAAGAAACUUCUUUACUUGAAGAUUCAUCAGUGACUUUGCCUGUGGUAAUAAUAGGAAAUGGACCCUCAGGAAUCUGUCUUUCUUAUAUGCUAUCAGGCUACAGACCAUAUUUAUCAUCAGAAGCAAUACAUCCAAAUACAGUCCUACAUAGUAAAUUAGAAGAAGCGAGACAUCUUUCCAUUGUUGAUCAGGACUUAGAGUAUUUGUCUGAGGGCCUUGAGGGCCGAUCAUCCAACCCAGUUGCAGUACUUUUCGACACACUUCUCCAUCCAGAUGCUGACUUUGGGUAUGAUUAUCCCUCCGUUUUGCAUUGGAAAUUAGAGCAGCAUCAUUAUAUCCCUCACUUAGUUCUUGGUAAAGGUCCACCUGGUGGAGCUUGGCAUAAUAUGGAAGGCUCUAUGUUGACAAUCAGCUUUGGAAACUGGAUGGAGCUACCUGGACUUAAAUUUAAAGACUGGAUAUCUAGCAAACGAAGGAACCUAAAAGGGGAUCGAGUUAUGCCAGAGGAAAUAGCUCGCUACUAUAAACACUAUGUAAAAGUAAUGGGUCUUCAGAAGAAUUUCAGAGAAAAUACUUACAUUACCUCUGUAUCAAGACUCUACAGAGAUCAAGUUGAUAGUGAUGGUCAAGGCAGAGAUAUUUCAACACAGCAUUUACAGAUAGAGAAGUCAAAAUUUACCAAGAGAAACUGGGAAAUCAGGGGUUAUCAGCGAAUAGGAGAUGGUUCCCAUAUUCCCUUCUGUCUCUUUGCUGAAAAUGUAGCUCUGGCAACUGGAACAUUGGAUUCUCCUGGCCGUUUGGAAAUUGAAGGGGAAGAUUUUCCUUUCGUGUUUCAUUCAAUGCCUGAAUUUGGAGCUGCUAUAAGCAAAGGAAAGUUGCGUGGCAAAGUGGAUCCAGUGUUAAUUGUAGGUUCUGGGCUUACGGCAGCUGAUGCAGUACUGUGUGCUUACAACAGUAAUGUCCCUGUGAUUCAUGUAUUUCGCAGACGAGUAACUGAUCCAAGCUUAAUUUUCAAACAGCUUCCCAAAAAGCUUUAUCCAGAAUACCAUAAAGUCUAUCAUAUGAUGUGUACUCAGUCAUAUUCUUUAGACUCAAAUCUUUUAUCUGAUUAUACCAGUUUUCCUGAGCACCGUGUGCUUUCCUUUAAGUCGGACAUGAAAUGCAUUCUUCAGAAUAUCUCUGGAUUGAAGAAAAUAUUUAAGCUCUCUGCAGCAGUAGUGUUGAUAGGUUCUCAUCCCAAUCUGUCUUUUCUGAAGGAGCAAGGGUGUUACCUGGGCCAUAACUCAAAUCAGCCAAUCACAUGUAAGGGUAAUCCUGUGGAAGUAGAUGCAUAUACCUAUGAGUGUGUUAAAGAAGCCAAUCUUUUUGCAUUAGGUCCUUUGGUUGGAGACAAUUUUGUUCGAUUUUUAAAGGGAGGGGCACUGGGUAUUACACGCUGUUUAGCUAUAAGACAGAAGAAAAAAAAGCAGCAUUUAUUUGUUGAAAGAGGAGGAGGAGAUGGGAUAGCUUAGAGCAGAUUUACAAGUAAUUUAUAUGGACGCUUUACCAUUAAAGAUUUUUAAUAGUGGUUUUACAGUGUACUGGCUGAAUUUUCUGAACUUGAGUUAACUGGGAGAGCCUCAAGCUAUAAUAACUAUUUUUUAAAGUUACUAGAAUUUGGUGUCCUGAUUACAUUACAAUGGAUCAAAGAUGUCAAUUGUCAGACAAACAGAAACACUGCUAAUUUGGUAUACUUUUAAGCUCUCACUUAACUAAAACAUUCUUUUCUUCCAAGACUUAUUUUUGGCGAUCAUUGUUGCUUAUUUAUGUUUGAUUCCAAAAUACAACAGCAUUGAAUAUAUAAAACCACAAUCAUUAGGCUGGAGGUUUCCCUCACCUUGCUGCUCAAAGGAUGGUUCAAAGACAGCAUCAGCUUCAUUUGUGGCUUGUUAGAAAGGUAGACUCUCAGGCCUCACAACAGACUUACUGAAUCAGAAAUUGCAUCUUAAUGAGAUCCUCAAGGAAUAUGUAUGCUUAUUAAAGUUUGAGACACACUGGUCUAAAAGAAAAUGGGAUAUAAAAGUGUAUAUGCUGAGAAGGGUGGAAAUAGAGGGCACAUACAACUCAGGUUUUAUUUAUUUUGAAGUUAUCAAUUAUAUAAAUCUAAUUUAUUAACAAAUAUAAUGGGCUUUUAAAAUUUUUUAUUGUUGAAACCUUGACAGGUAAUUCAUAGUUUCAGCUUCUGAUUUAAACAAUGCAUUAAUGUUGGCAUAUACUUAGACAUCCAGGAACAUGCCAAGGUAUUUUUUGGAGAUAUAUUCUCUAGUUAACUAGCAGAACACUUUAAUUUGCAGUUCAAUAAAUUUUGAAUGGAACUAUUUAUUCCUGUGUGAACAAUGAGUUAAUUUCUGUCACUGAAACUUAAAAUAUUUGGGUGUAAGUACUUACAUUGCAAUACUUUUUGAGUAUUACCAGAAUUAUUAAAGGUUAAAGUUGAAAAGGCUAAAACCUGUCUUUUCUAUUCUCAAAAUGAUUACUUUGAAAUUUGUCCAUUGGAGAUGACAUAGCAUUUAGUCCUUUGGUUAUUUAUUGAGUUAUAUGUUCUAUCUUGAUUUAUAUUUAGGUGUGCUUCAUGUCUGUGUUUUCAUACAAAUCCCCAGAAAUUUAGUAUUGGACAAAAAAAAAGUGUUACUUAUGAAGUUCUCCAUGGCAAAUUGAAUUUCUCACUCUUUUCCUCUCUUUCUCUUUUUUAAUUGGGGGGAGGGGGGUUGGUAAAAUUUAUUUCACCUGGAAUGUGUUUAUUGAAACUCUAUUUCUAUUUUUUUUUUUAGUAUUUAAAAAAAUGGACCAAAUGUAUUUUUCUGUCCAUGUUAUUGCAAUGUUAUGUGCUUACAGAAUCAUAAUUCAACUUAAAAUAUAAUGUUUGGAAUAAACAUCUACAUCUAGCUGUUUCAGGUGAAUUCUUAUAUUCUUGAUAACCAUCAUGUCGGAUUAACUUGAUUUUAGAAAUGAUGCACCCAGUUUUUAUAAUAAUUUUUUCAAAUUAAUUUCACACCUAUUGAU